AUGUUUCGAUUUCCCCAGCUCGCCUCAAUCAAGGCGAAGAAUUAUUUCCUCCCCACGGGAAAGCGAUUCGCCUCCAUAAUUUCCGACGGGCGGGGAAAAUGUGACGAAAAAUUCGACACUAGCUACAAAGUGUGUCUUGACAAUGACAAAUCCAGCGUGAAAGACGUCACCAUGGAGAACGUCAGGGGGUACGAAUUCCCCAAAGUGUGUCUCCGCUAUGGGAGAGAGGACGCCAUCCAGCACGCCUUGGCAGUCGGCAUUGACGAAUCCUACCCAAACUGGGCGCACUAUCUCGACCGCGGGAACACAUCUUUUCAAAUCCUCCCCACCUUCCUGCUCCCCGUCGCGAACCAGAUCUUGCUCGAGUUGUCGUGGCAAUCGCAAAUCAUGCCGACUGAGAGGUGCGUCCAUGGCGAAAUUUACGUCAAACUCUUCCAACCUCUCAAACCCGACGGCGAAAUCUGUUUCGAGUUGGAACUCGUCGACAUUCUGGAUAAGGGAAAGGGCACCAACUUCUGCUAUAAUUUCCACGGGACCGAUGCCGCCGGCCGUAAAAUAUUUUUCAUCGAGUAUCAAAUCUACGAGAUGGGGGUGAGAAGAUACUCCUCCCCGGGCGGCCAAGGGAAGUCUGCCCAUCACCCAAACAUCGUGCCCCUCGUGGCCCCGCCGGCGGGAAGGGAGCCUGACGUGGUCCUCCCCUUCACGGCGGUGCCGUUCGACCCAAAAUAUUUUGAAUCCGUCAAAUCCCCGCCGAAAGACAUGUCCCUAUUUGCCACCAACUACCACAAGCAGUACUACGCGAUUACCGACAAACUAAGACCAGAGCCGAGGUGCCAUGGGCGCUACUAUUUGGGCGCGGUGGUUCAAAAUAUCCUCAAAUAUUUUGGGGAGGGAGAUGUCUCAAGGUUCAAGAGUGUCAAGACACGACUCUCCUACCCGGUCUCCCCAGGGGAGACCAUUCUCACCAAGGCGUGGCAUCUUGCUUCGUACAUUGAUCUCGCCUAA